GAUUCUAGUUAUUAAAGUUAUUAAUUUUAGGGAAAGGCAAAGGCCAUUUUAGUGUCAGUCACUCAAUAUGCCUACAGUAGAAGGACGGGUCCUCGUCUCUCUUUCUCCUCUCGUUAACAUUGACCUCUUCAAAAGAGGCCACUAUUACAUAUCAUGUCGUCUGUCUGACUCCCUUCAAAAAGGGACGGCCUCUCCCCUUGAGGUUAAAGAUAUAUUUGGUUCGGCUCAUUCAAGGCCACGUAGAGGGACCUUCAGGACAGAACUGAACGGCCUCUCAGAACACACGUACCCCGGAGCGACAAAACUAGAGGACAGAUUCAUCACUCAGACCUGUCUCAUAGAGUACACCGACCAGUCCUUUGUCUUGGGAGAGUAUUUCCUUUUUAAAUAUGUUUAUCCAAUACGAACAGACCACACUGAGGUAUACGUACCAUCUCAACUGACCCUCACGCUGGAUCUAAUGUUCAAUGGAGAGGAGGAACUUCCCUCGGACCCAACAACUUUUGAUAAAGUAGCCACUCGGACCCUAAGCCUCACUCUUGAUUGGAGGCGUGGCCUGCAUUGUCAUUGGCCGGUCAUUUUUGAUUACUUCCAUAUGGCUUCCAUUGGUAUCACUGCCCACGCAUCGUUAUAUUCCAUAUCUCCUGACACACCCAUCACUGAAGAACCAGCACUAGGACGUAGGCGGAGUUGGUUUUUGAAUCAAGCCACACCCAGAUUGACCCCUCCCAUAUCAUAUAGCACACUAUUAUUUGGUGGCUGUUCAUCGCCGCCAUUUUCAUUGGUAGGCAGCGAUAGAAGUGAUCCUGCAGCUGUAUAUUCAGCACCUACUGAGCAGGUUAGGAGAGCUCGACAGGUGCAUCAAUCAAUAGCUGAUGUGUUGACGCUGGCACGGGACAGUCUCAGACAAGACUUUCAAAAGAUGAGUGGGGUUGAAGACUUGUCUCAAGCAACUUCUAGCGGCCCGUAUGAAGAGGGGGUGACUCUUGAUGAGAUAGAGGAAGAGUGUAAGGUGCAUAUGGUCUCGCUGUCACUACAGCUGCAAGCAACGUGGGAGUGGUUCUGUAAUUCCGCCCUGAGCCAUCCUGACACAAUAGAUCAUUUGUUAGUGACUGCCCACAAAGAGAAGUUGAAAUACAUUAAGAAGUCCUUCCUGUGGUCAGAUGAUAAUCAUGACAGCAAAGGAAAGAGUCAUGUUGAUCAUUCCAACUCUCAGUGGAUAUCAAAUAUGGCUGCCCAGACUCGUAAAGGGUUAACUAACCUACCUCCUCUUCACUGCAUUGAGAAUAUUGAGACUUCAUCUAACGCCAGUAUAGUGUUUGUGGAGGUGUGUCCCUGGUUGACGAGGAGAGGGGGUGUGGCUGACAAUGAUCCUGAGAAACGCUACAAUUUUCAAGAUCAACUCUCGCCUUAUCUCCUAAGGGCGUUGCCAGGCAACCGUCGUCAACGGAGACAGGUAGCACCCCAAGCUCGACACCUGGUGGUGUGUGUCCACGGUCUCCAAGGCAACCAGUUUGACCUCCGCCUUUAUCGAACAUACCUUGAGCUAGCCCUCCCUCAUCAGAAGAUUGAGUUCCUAAUGUCACAAGCUAACCAGCUGGACACUUUUACAGACUUUAACAUAAUGACUGACAAACUUCAGGACGAACUCCUCUCUAAGCUACUAGGUAUGUCACACCCACCAACCCACAUAAGCUUCCUCGCCCACUCUCUCGGCGGUAUAGUAGUCCGGUCUCUCAUAACUCGACCAGCCAUUGCUCACCUCAUCCCCUCCUUUCAUUUCUUGCUCUCAAUAUGCGGCCCUCACUUAGGCACACAGUAUCAGACAGGUAUGGUUAGUGCUGGGAUGUGGCUCGUCAGAAAGUGGUACCAGUCCCAGUCUCUCCUACAACUCUCCCUAAAAGACUCGCCGAACCUCAGAGAUACAUUCCUAUACCAGCUGAGCGAGGCUCAGACUUUUGAGUGCUUCAGACAUGUCAUGUUGCUCUCUUCUCCUCAAGACAAGUACGUGCCGUUUCAAUCAGCUCGUCUGUGUACCGGGGGAGAGGGAACCACUGCUCUAGACAAGGUCCAUGAGGAGAUGGCUAGUCGUAUGAUGACGUCCAUGGAACAGUUUGGAGUGAAUUUAACCCGUGUUACUGUCCACCAUGCUCUCCCCACCUCAGCCCAUUCAGUGAUAGGACGAGCAGCUCAUAUAGCAAUGCUUGAUAACGAGUUGUUUGUUGAGAAACUGGUACUGUGUCACAUUGCAAGGUACUUUGUGUAACGUCAGCUCUCAUUGUGUAUCAUACGCCCACGCAGUCUUGAUGUAAUUUUUAACUCUCUCAUGUUAACAUUCUCAUGGAACUUAUUUUGUAUCAUCGUUACUGGCAUUAUUAUUAUUUAAUGGUUUAAUGUAUUAUUAUUAUUUAAUGGUUUAAUGUAUUAUUAAUUUGUAAAAAAUCAUUUUGAACUGAUUCAGAUCA